AUGACCGGGCGGGAGGAGAACUGCAAGGCCAAGUGCAGACCUCUCCUGGGCAAGCUACUGACCGCCAGCAAGGAGGCUGAGAAGUGCAGCCGGCUUCCCGGGGCGGGGGGGCUGAGAUCCAGGGGCUUCGCCAUCACCGAUCUGCUGGGACUGGACCACCCCGCCGAGCCCCGCCACCCCCCCGGGGUCGCGCCGCAGUUCGGGGCACCGGUGGGCGGUGCGCUCCCGCUGCUGUCGGCCGGCCUGGGGCUGCUGUGUGCCCGCCCGCUCAGCGCCUUCCAGCCGCCGGCCCCCGCCUUCCUGGACGUGCUGUCGGAGCUGCAGACCAAGCCCGGGGGGCUGCACCCUCACCUCCCGCUCCUGCACAGGACCAGCCUGCAGGACAAGCACCACCGACCAGCCAACUCCGACGACGACAAUUCGUCCUGUGAUCGCGGCGAUCUGAAGAAUUCGGCAUCUUCGCAGACGAAAAGGAAAAAGAGGCGACACAGGACGGUCUUCACUGCUCACCAGUUGGAAGAGUUGGAGAAAUCUUUCAAUGAAGCCCAUUACCCAGAUGUGUAUGCCAGAGAAAUGUUAGCCAUGAAAACUGAGCUACCUGAGGAUAGAAUCCAGGUGUGGUUUCAGAACCGGAGGGCGAAGUGGAGAAAGCGGGAGAAAUGCUGGGGGAGGAGCAGUGUGAUGGCUGAGUAUGGUCUCUAUGGAGCAAUGGUGAGACACUCCAUCCCACUGCCUGAAUCCAUUCUCAACUCUGCUAAAAAUGGCAUGGUGGGAUCCUGUGCUCCGUGGCUGCUGGGAAUGCACAAAAAAUCUGUGGAGCCAAUGGUGAAGAGCAAAAGCAAUGAUAAUCUAAGGGAGAAUUUAUUGGAGACCAAUAAAGAGGGAUUGCAACCUGAGGAAGGCACAGUUGAUGUGGUGGAAGAAGAAAACAUAGCCUUAGACCUCUCCAGCACGGAAAAGUUUCAGAAUAAGAACAGCGCUUUGAAACCACACAGCUCCAGACAACCUGAGGUGGAGUGUGGAGCUAGCGAACCAAAAGAGAAUGAAAGUUAA